GUCAUACCUGCUACAUUCCAGCUAGUUCAUCCAUUACUGCUACACUUUAAUUCUCUCCCCACGUGCCCACUCAGGGCUCAAUUCAACCCAUCCGUCACACUGUCGCCCUUCAAAUCCACUCGGUUUCUCUGGCCCCCUAUCUACACCUCCGUCCGGGAGUCCGUUUCUCUACGCUCGAAGCCCCGUCUCCGUCGAUCCGUAAGCAUGCCUCACCAGGUCGAGCAAGUCGUCGAGCCGGUCGUCCCGGUGAGGGAGCUCGAGGCCGACGAGACCUACGUCCUCGACAGCUUUGAGAGCCACGCCAGCCACUGCUCUCGAUGCGCCAAUCCCCUCAAGACCCGCGAAGAGGACCGGUCACUCUGCAAGCGUGGCCACCAGUACGCUCGAGACGUGGCCGAUUACCUGCGCAGCAAGAAGGGGAAGAUCUACUCGGUGGUCGACCUGGAACGCAACCGAUCCUGUCUGGUCAAGGUGCCUCUGAAGUACGCUGCCGCGCGUCAGCUGCUACUGGCCAUCGAAGAUGGGCUGCGCGUGGAGAAUAAGUCGGCCGCCGGGCCUCGCAACUCGGCCCCUCCAGUCAUCAGCUACGAUGCCACUUAUCCCGUGGCCCCCCGCCGCAUCACCACGCAGGACUACUUGCGCCCUUCCCAGGCGAUCAUCGAGCGCGAGCCACGGUCCCUAAAGCGUCACCGGGCCAUCAUCUACACCUCUCCUCGCAGCUCGCCCAGCCGGGGGUCGCUGUACGAAUCCGAUGCGGCCGAGCGGUAUGAGCGUGUCAAGGAGUCGUCCCGCAUCUACCGGCCGACGGACUACCACCGUUGAUUCAGGACACCUAGUCUGGGAUUGAAAUUGUCCUGUCAUCUCUCACCGCGAAAUUGGAUACCUGUCUAUUUCGGUAUUAUGCAGCCAAGACGCUGUUACCACGCUGUCCCUCAAAUCACUCGGAUCAAUCUGUCCACCGGAAGGGCUUUAGUUGGGUCUGAACCCACCGCGGCCUCGUCCAGCCCCAGCCUUCUCAUCCUUGCCCGACCGCAUUGGUUUUGGCGAUGGACCUGUUGCUACUGCUGCA